AUGAGGUUCGGAAAGAAGGACAAGCUUAGCCCUAGAUUCAUUGGACCUUUUGAGAUUUUGAACCGAGUGGGAGAGGUGGCUUAUAAGUUGGUCUUGCCAUCUAGCUUGUCAGUUGGUCAUCCGGUGUUUUAUGUAUCCAACCUUCGAAAGUACGUGUUGGAUGAUUCCCACAUGCUUUCUCUUGAUUCAGUUGAAUUGGGUCCGGACUUGUCUUUUGAGGAGGAGCCUAAAGCCAUUUUUUAUAGGCAGGUUCGAAAUCUGAGAACCAAGGAGAUUGCUUCAAUGACGGUACAAUGGAAGCACAGUUCAGUUGGUGAAACGACGUGGGAGACAGAGUCAGAUAUGUUUGCCAGAUAUCCUCAUCUCUUCGAAUCUUCAGGUUCAGAUGCUCGGAUUGGAAUUUCGAGAGUUCUACUAGAUUCGGGGAAUGAUUUUAGGCCUAGGGGUGGUCUUAUUUGA